GUUGGCCCCUCCAGAGGUAGCGGCAGCGGAACCUCCAGUAGCAGAAAGCAGCGAUCUGGCGACACAAGCAGAGGCAGAGGAGCCAUCUGCAGGGCCGGAGUCGGGCGCAGCGGCGACCGAAACUGAAGUGACUCCUCCAUUGGCUCCAGAUCCGAGUGCCGAAUCAAAUAGCCAGAGUGUGACAGCUCCGCCUGCGGCAAGCGGCAACUCGACCCAAGCCGUGAGCGCGGAUGAAACAGCAGCAACCACUGCAGAAGUGGAUAAAGAACCAACAACAGCUGUGGCCGAUUUGACGAUGCCGGAAACAGCGGCUGAAACAUCGCUGGCUGAACCGACGAGGCAAGAGGAGGCAUCAGAACCUCCUGACACAGCGCCGGCUGAAUCGACGAUACCAGAGGCGGGAGCAGGGACAGCUGAAGCCGCCGCCGAAGCCACCGUGGCGAAAUCGACGAUGCCAGAGUUGGGACAAGAAACCGCUGAAGCAGCCCCGGCUGAACCGACUCUGCCAGAAGCCGCCGAGAAAGCAGAAGCUGACUCGAUGAUGCCGGAAGCAGCUGCUGAACCAGCUCCGGCAGAAUCGACGAUGCGACAAGCCACAGACCAACCAGAGUUUGGAGCACCCUCGUCUCCGAGCGGUGUAGCAUCUUCUGCUGCACCAUCCACUCCUAACAACGGUGGGAGUGGGGAGCCAAAGCCGACAAAGGCUGAGCAGCGAGCCAAACAAACUGCUCCCUCAAGAGGAGCUCCCUCGCCCUCCCAGAAGCUGCAAAGAGCCGGCAGUGCACCACCAGCUCGAGGCUAUCAAGUAGCACAGGCGUACAAACACUCCAUCGAUCUGCCCCCUCGGUGGAGCAUCCGCCCCAAAACAAACUUUGGCUCACCUUUCAAGUCAUCGAAGCAGGCGGACGAAGGUGGCAUGGCACCUGACAUGAGCUCCAAAUACAACGAGAUCAGGCCGCGAGCUCCAGCCUACAGUAUGAUUCCCAGAAGCUCUGGCAUCACCAAGACGUCAGAAAAGCCGGGACCCGGCGAGUACGCGCAGCCCAGCACGCUGUACGGCUCGCACCCGCAGUUGCCAGUCCCAGGACGGAUCUGCAAGUCCACCCAGCGGCGGACAGGCCCCACAGAUCAGUUGGGGGAGAUGAAGAACAACCCAAGCCCGCACGACUAUGACACCAUGUGCUCCGGGCCGGACAAAGGUCACAAGUUUGGCCGUGUGGAUCAGGCAUCUGCGCCUAAGUUCACCAUGCGCCCAAAAGUUGCCUUCGGCUCGCAGUUCAAAAGUGCCAAGCAGGCAGAAGAAGGUGGCAUGUCGGGAGACAUGAGCUCCAAAUACAACGAGAUCAGGCCGCGAGCUCCAGCCUACAGUAUGAUUCCCAGAAGCUCUGGCAUCACCAAGACGUCAGACCAGCCGGGACCCGGCGAGUAUGCGCAGCCCAGCACGCUGUACAGCUCGCACCCGCAGUUGCCAGUCCCAGGACGGAUCUGCAAGUCCACCCAGCGGCGGACAGGCCCCACAGAUCAGUUGGGGGAGAUGAAGAACAACCCAAGCCCGCACGACUAUGACACCAUGUGCUCCGGGCCGGACAAAGGUCACAAGUUUGGCCGUGUGGAUCAGGCAUCUGCGCCUAAGUUCACCAUGCGCCCAAAAGUUGCCUUCGGCUCGCAGUUCAAAAGUGCCAAGCAGGCAGAAGAAGGUGGCGUGUCGGGAGACAUGAGCUCCAAAUACAACGAGAUCAGGCCGCGAGCUCCAGCCUACAGUAUGAUUCCCAGAAGCUCUGGCAUCACCAAGACGUCCGACCAGCCGGGACCCGGCGAGUAUGCGCAGCCCAGCACGCUGUACGACUCGCACCCGCAGUUGCCAGUCCCAGGACGGAUCUGCAAGUCCACCCAGCGGCGGACAGGCCCCACAGAUCAGUUGGGGGAGAUGAAGAACAACCCAAGCCCGCACGACUAUGACACCAUGUGCUCCGGGCCGGACAAAGGUCACAAGUUUGGCCGUGUGGAUCAGGCAUCUGCGCCUAAGUUCACCAUGCGCCCAAAAGUUGCCUUCGGCUCGCAGUUCAAAAGUGCCAAGCAGGCAGAAGAAGGUGGAAUGUCGGGAGACAUGAGCUCCAAAUACAACGAGAUCAGGCCGCGAGCUCCAUCCUACAGUAUGAUUCCCAGAAGCUCUGGCAUCACCAAGACGUCAGACCAGCCGGGACCGGGACAGUACUUGUUGCCAAGCACGCUGUACGGAAGCCACCCGCAGCUGAAAGUGCCUGGCCGCGUGGCCAAGACGACAUCAGACAGGUUUCCGCCUCCCAAGGAGGACAACACACCUCUCUGA